AUGUCUACAGCUGGAAACAUGGAGUCCGUCUUGUCUCUGUUGCUGAUGGUCGUUAUUGCCGUCUUCCAUGCCGUUUCUGCAGAUAUCGUCCUAGGUUCUGUUUCACUCAACACUGGUGUCUUUGAUAAGGUAGUUCAGAAACACAAAGCAGUCCUGGUGAAGUUUGAUGAGACAUACCCUUAUGGGAAAAAACAGGACGCAUUUAAGGAAGUUGCCAAGGCAAGUUUACAGCAGGCAGAUCUUCUUGUGGCUGAGGUUCAGGUGGCAGACUACGGUGACAAGGACAAUGCAGAUUUAGCUGAGAGAUAUGGCAUCACCAAGGAGAAGUUUCCUGCAUACAGACUCUUCCUUGAUGGGCAAACACAGGCCCCCGCUGUGUUUACGGGAAAUGCUGAAAGUGCAGAUGAUGUGAAAAAUUUUGUCAUUCGAGAGUCAGGUUUGUGGCUUGGUCGACCUGGCUGUCUGGAGCAGUUUGACAAGCUAGUGAAAGAGUUUCUCAAGGCAGGUGCAGAUCAGAGGACUGCAGUGUUGGAGAAGGCAGAACUGGCGGUCCAGCAGUUGACUCAGGAGAGCGAGAAGUCAGCUGCUGAUGUCUACAUCAAAACUAUGAAGAAGGUCCUAGAAAAGGGAGAUAGCUUUAUAGAAAGUGAAGUGUUGCGGGUAGAAAAGUUGCGAUCAGGAAAGGUCAGUGAUAAAAAGAAAGAACAGCUCAAUGACAGGCUAAACAUUCUCACAACGUUUCAAGUAGGGGUUCGGGAUGAGCUGUAA